UUGUCAUGACCGUGAGUCUGGACAAUAGUUGUGUUUAACUAGUUUCCUCUCUACAGGAUAACAUUUUAGAUUUCGAAAGUAGGAAAAAGAAAAAGACAAAGGUUACCUCUACCGAUCAAAAAGAAGGGGCUGACGAAAUGGAGGAUCAGGAUGUUAUUGACUUUGGUUCAAAGAAGAAAAAGAAGGACAAACCCUUGAGUUUGGAAGGGGCUGUGAUAAAAGAUGAUGACGUCAAAGAUCAGGUUAAAAGUUCAGUCAAUGAUAAAGGAGUUAAAGAACUCGCGGAUAAGAUUGCAGAUGAACUACAUUUCUCAGACAAGAAAAAGCGUAAAAAGCUCAAACCAGUCGAUGUGGAUGAAAGCGGCGUGGUUGAAUCUAAUGCUCCCUCAGAAGUAGUUGUCCGAGACUUAUCUGGGUACGAUUAUGAGAUGUUGCUAACAAGGGUUUUUGCCCAACUUGGUGAUUUAAAUCCCGAACUGGUAUCAGAUCAAAAAAGAAAGCUUGUAAUGGUCCCUCCUCAAAUGGCUCGUGUUGGAACGAAGAAGACGCUCUUUGUAAACUUUUCUACAAUUUGCCGUUCUUUGAACAGAGAUCAAUCCCAUCUCACCACUUAUAUACUUACUGAGUUGGGUACACAAGGUUCUGUAGAUGCAAAUGGCGCUUUGCUUAUUCGAGGGCGUUAUACCAGUAAGCACAUGGAACCAGUGCUUAGGAAUUACUGUAGAACCUACGUUCUUUGUGGUACUUGCCAGUCUUCGGAGACAGACUUAUGCAAAGACUCACGCCUUUUGUUUCUACAUUGUCGGAGAUGCGGUUCUCGUUUCACAGUGAAGACAGUUACAUCUGGAUUCCAAGCACUAACUGGCAAACGUGCGGCUCUACGUGCAAAAACUCAGUGAUUACUACUUCAUGAAGCUUAAAUAACUUUGUAUUGUGGAUAAAACCUAGAAUUUAAAUAUUGAACGCCUCGUUUGCUAUCUCCAUGUUUCGUCUCGGAAUUAGGUAGCUAUCUAAAUGUUAUGUGAGUGCGUCACAUUUUGCUAAAUAUUUUUAUUUUGUGGACACUGGCUUUAAUUAUUGUGGGUAAUUAUGUAUAAUAUGAUCAACAGACAUCCUUAGGUCAUAUUUGAAUCGUUGUUCUCUUGUUUCGAGUCCUGAAGUAUUUGAAUAGUUGGCAGUCUAGGAAAUCUAAAUUAUGGUAAUAACUAACUGACCUAUUAUCUUGGAACUUUGCAAAGAAGUGCAUCACUUCAAUUUGUCACACUUCGUAGAGGCACAUAAAAGUAAAGAAAGGAGACGGAGUGAAACUACAGUAGAUAAAGAUGUAUUGAAAAGAGAAUAAUAAGAUAACCGACGAUUAUCAGAAUCCGGGUGAUGAUAUGCCAUUGUUAAGAUAAUGAGCUACGUCACUAAUAGUCUCCAAAGAUUCAUUUUUAACAUUCCGACUGCCCCGAUCAGGUUAUCUACACUCAUCUGUGUUUCACAGAUCAAUAAUGGCACCAUGAUUCGGUAGAAUAUUUUCCUUUGACAACCCCUAACUCUUUCUCAUCCCAAUCGUGUUUUGUUUGACGUCGCACAUGAAAACAGACAAUAGCUUGGCAGGUGUAAAACACUUCCUUGCAAUUUCAGUAGAUGGACCUUCUGGAUACACUGCUGCAUUGGUCUUGUUUGAUAUAAUGUAUGUUCGCGACAAUCUUCAUAGAAGUAGAUACUUUUACAAUGCCACAUUUAACAUAAUCAUAUGACUUUAUCAGGUUAAGGAAUAUAGUAAGAGUUGAACGCCCGGUAGUAUAUCUGCUUCUCAGAACUUGUCCAGAUGUGAAAAUCAGUGCAAUCUCGUCGAGAUUCCCAAGCCAUACUUAAACAUUACAGAACUGCCGAAUUUUUAAUCUUAGAUACUAUAUUAACCUAGGCGAUAAUCUUAAGAAGAUUUAUCUCAUUUAGGAACCGGGAGGGUUAAUGACCUAGACUUACCCUAUCUUAGAUUCCUAUUUAGUAAUACUCAUGCAAUCACAGAUUGACGUUGUGUUUGUCAAUGAAAUGUCGGAGUGUAGUACUUAGUCUACACUGUAAUCAAAAAUUGAGUGGUUUGUAACCACAAAAGAUUCUGAAAUGCAGACCGUGAAUCGAAGUGACAUCGCAAAUUUGAUAAAUCAAAAGACGUGCUUUCCAACAUAAGAAUAUAAUCGGGACGCUGUGGUAGUUAGAAAAUGAACGAGAAGUGUUAGCUAAGCCAGACUAAAAUAAAACAGGCAGAAGAAAGUCGGUGAUUCAUCGGUGGUAUAAGAAAGUCAGCACAUUCCAGUUCACUUAUGGACCUAAGGUUAUCUCCAUUCUCUGUUAAGACAGGUUUAAAUAACGUCUAACGUACCGUGUGAAAAUUCUAAGUAUGGCAUUAUAAAACAUAGAGUGAAACAGAAAAGGCAGUAAUGCCAAGCAACUAUCACAGGAACCUAAUCAGGGGGUUCAAGAAGCUCCAUAAGAGAAACAAUUCACCACAUCAUAAACUAGAAGAAAUUUAGGCAUAUACAGUGUCACCAUACCCAGAAGGGACAUCUGAAACUACGUAAAAUUCUUAAGAAAACAGGAACUGUGGUAGGAUUCAAGCCUAAAAACUUCCCCAAAAUCCCCAUUAAUCAAAUUAAACAAAAUAAUGUCUUCUAGGAGGUAACUUGCAUUGACUGAGGUCAACUUCAGUAUGUCGGCAUAAUCUACAAUAUCGGGACAUGCAUGAUUAUUUAUUUAAGUGUUAAGUUACUGACUAAAAAAAUUAACUUUAAGGGAAAAAUAAGCGAUUGUAAUGCAUAUGUUAAGGCACAAUCACACUAGAGUAGUAUAUGGAUGCAGUUUACGCCUAACGCCUGCAGCAAGAAUG